AUGAUGAGUGGAUUAGGAGAAAACCCCUUGGAUCCACUGGCCCCUGAUUCACGAAAACGCAAGUUGCCGUGUGAUACUCCAGGACAAGGCCUUACCUGCAAUGGUGAAAAGUGGAGACGGGAGCAGGAGAGUAAAUAUAUUGAAGAAUUGGCUGAACUGAUAUCUGCUAAUCUUAGUGAUAUUGACAACUUCAAUGUCAAACCAGAUAAAUGUGCAAUUUUAAAGGAAACAGUAAGACAGAUACGUCAAAUAAAAGAGCAAGGAAAAGCUAUUUCCAGUGAUGAUGAUGUUCAGAAAGCUGAUGUAUCUUCCACAGGACAAGGAGUCAUUGAUAAAGACUCCUUAGGACCACUUUUACUUCAGGCAUUGGAUGGCUUCCUGUUUGUGGUGAAUCGUGAAGCAAACAUUGUGUUUGUGUCAGAAAAUGUCACCCAGUACCUGCAGUAUAAGCAAGAGGACCUGGUUAACACAAGUGUCUACAAUAUUUUGCAUGAAGAAGACAGAAAGGAUUUUCUUAAAAACUUACCGAAAUCUACAGUUAAUGGAGUUACCUGGACAAAUGAGACCCAGCGACAAAAAAGCCAUACAUUUAAUUGCCGUAUGUUGAUGAAAAUACCACACGACGUUCUGGAAGACAUAAACACUAGUCCUGAAAUGCGCCAGAAAUAUGAAACGAUGCAGUGCUUUGCCCUGUCCCAGCCACGUGCUAUGAUGGAGGAAGGAGAAGAUUUGCAAUCCUGUAUGAUCUGUGUGGCACGCCGCAUUACCACAGGAGAAAGAGCAUUUCCAUCAAAUCCUGAGAGCUUUAUUACUAGACAUGAUCUUUCAGGAAAAGUUGUCAACAUAGAUACAAAUUCACUGAGGUCUUCCAUGAGGCCUGGUUUUGAAGAUAUAAUCCGAAGGUGUAUCCAGAGAUUUUUUAGUCUUAAUGAUGGGCAGUCAUGGUCCCAGAAACGUCACUAUCAAGAAGCUUAUAUCCAUGGCCAUGCAGAAACCCCAGUGUAUCGAUUCUCGUUGGCUGAUGGCACUGUAGUGACUGCACAGACAAAAAGCAAACUCUUCCGAAAUCCUGUGACAAAUGAUCGUCAUGGCUUUGUUUCAACCCACUUUCUUCAGAGGGAACAGAAUGGGUAUAGACCAAACCCGAAUCCUGUUGGACAAGGUAUUAGACCUCCAGCAGCUGGAUGCAACAGUUCAGUAGGCAGCAUGAACAUGUCGCCAAACCCUGGCUUGCAGAUGCUGAGCAGCAGGACCUACGGCGUGGCUGAGCCCGGCGCCACGGGGCAGAUGAGUGGAGCCAGGUAUGGGCCUUCCGGUAGCAUAGCUUCAAUGAACCCUGGGCCAGGCAUGCAGUCACCAUCUUCCUACCAGAACAACAACUAUGGUCUCAACAUGAGUAGCCCUCCACAUGGGAGUCCUGGUCUUGGCUCCAGCCAGCAGAAUAUUAUGAUUUCUCCUCGUAAUCGUGGGAGUCCAAAGAUGGCCUCACAUCAGUUUUCUCCUGUUGCAGGUGUGCACUCUCCCAUGGGAUCUUCUGGCAAUACUGGGAGUCACAGCUUUUCUAGCAGCUCUCUCAGUGCCCUUCAAGCUAUCAGUGAGGGAGUAGGGACUUCUCUUUUAUCUACUCUGUCUUCACCAGGUCCCAAAUUGGAUAACUCUCCCAAUAUGAAUGUAAGUCAACCAAGUAAAGUGAACAGUCAAGAUUCCAAGAGUCCCCUAGGCUUGUAUUGUGACCAGAAUCCAGUGGAGAGUUCAAUGUGUCAGUCAAAUAGCAGAGAUCACCUCAAUGACAAAGAAAGUAAGGAGAGCAGUGUGGAAGGGCCAGAGAAUCAGCGGGGUCCUCUGGAAAGCAAAGGUCACAAAAAAUUACUGCAGUUACUUACCUGUUCUUCUGAGGACCGGGGUCAUUCCUCCUUGACCAACUCGCCCCUGGAUUCAAGUUGUAAAGACUCUUCCAUUAGUGUCACCAGCCCCUCUGGGGUCUCCUCUUCGACGUCUGGAGGAGUGUCCUCCACAUCCAAUAUGCACGGAUCCCUGCUGCAAGAGAAGCACCGGAUUUUGCACAAGUUGCUGCAGAAUGGGAAUUCACCGGCUGAGGUAGCCAAGAUUACUGCCGAAGCCACUGGGAAAGACACUAGCAGUACAACGUCUUGUGUAGAAGGAAACGUCAAGCAGGAGCAACUAAGCCCUAAGAGAAAGGAAAAUAAUGCUCUGCUUAGGUACCUGCUGGACAGGGAUGAUCCUAGUGACACGCUCUCCAAAGAACUACAGCCCAAAGUGGAAGGCGGCGUAGACAGUAAAGUGAGCCAGUGCAGCAGCUCCACCAUCCCGAGCUCAAGUCAAGGGAAGGACACCAAAAUUAAGACAGAAACAAAUGAAGAGGGAUCUGGAGACUUGGAUAAUCUAGAUGCUAUUCUUGGUGAUCUGACUAACUCUGACUUCUACAGUAGUUCCAUAUCCACAAAUGGUAGUAAUCUGGUAACGAAGCAACAGAUGUUUCAAGGAACUAAUUCUCUGGGUUUGAGGAGUCCACAGUCUGUGCAGUCUGUUCGUCCUCCAUAUAACCGAGCAGUGUCUCUAGACAGCCCUGUUUCCGUUGGCUCAAGCCCUCCAGUAAAGAAUAUUGGUGCUUUCCCCAUGUUACCAAAGCAACCCAUGUUGGGUGGCAAUCCAAGAAUGAUGGAUAGUCAGGAAAAUUAUGGCUCAAACAUGGGUGGACCAAACAGAAAUGUGACUGUGAAUCAGACUCCUUCCUCGGGAGACUGGGGCUUACCAAACUCAAAGGCCAGCCGAAUGGAACCUAUGAAUUCAAACUCCAUGGGGAGACCAGGAACGGAUUAUAAUGCUUCUUUACCCAGGCCUGCCAUGGGUGGCUCAAUGCCCGCCAUGCCUCUUCGGUCCAGUAGCAUCCCAGGUGUGAGACCAAUGUUGCAGCAUCAUCAUCAUCAGCAGCAGCAGCAACAGCAGCAGAUGCUUCAGAUGCGGCCCGGUGAGAUUCCCAUGGGGAUGGGGGUCAGUCCUUAUGGCCAAGCAGCACCAUCGAACCAACCUGGUUCCUGGCCAGAUGGCAUGUUGUCCAUGGAACAAGGCCCUCAUGGGACUCAAAAUAGGCCACUUCUUAGGAAUUCCCUGGAUGAUCUCCUUGGGCCACCUUCUAACCUUGAAGGCCAGAGUGAUGAAAGAGCAUUGUUGGACCAGCUGCACACACUCUUGAGCAACACAGAUGCCACAGGCCUGGAAGAAAUUGACAGAGCUCUUGGCAUUCCUGAACUUGUAAAUCAAGGACAAGCUUUGGAGUCCAAACAGGAUGCUUUCCAAGGCCAAGAAGCUGCAGUAAUGAUGGAGCAGAAGGCAGCAUUAUAUGGGCAGACAUACCCGACACAGGGGCCUCCAGUGCAAGGAGGCUUUAAUCUUCCAGGACAAUCACCACCUUUUAACUCGAUGAUGAAUCAGAUGAACCAGCAAGGAGGUUUUCCUCUCCAAGGAAUGCACCCUCGGGCCAACAUCAUGAGACCCCGGACAAACACUCCCAAGCAACUUAGAAUGCAGCUUCAGCAGAGGCUGCAGGGCCAGCAGUUUUUGAACCAGAGCCGUCAGGCACUUGAAAUGAAAAUGGAAAACCCCACUGCUGGUGGGGCUGCGGUGAUGAGGCCCAUGAUGCAGCCUCAGGUCAACUCCCAGCAGGGUUUCCUUAAUGCCCAGAUGGUCGCCCAGCGCAGCAGAGAGCUGCUGAGUCAUCACUUCCGACAGCAGAGGGUGGCGAUGAUGAUGCAGCAGCAGCAGCAGCAGCAGCAGCAGCAAACCCAGGCCUUCAGUCCACCCCCUAACGUGACUGCGUCCUCCGCCAUGGACGGAGUCCUGGCAGGGCCUGCCCUGCCACAAGCUCCACCCCAGCAGUUUCCGUAUCCACCAAAUUAUGGGAUGGGACAGCAGCCAGAUCCAGCGUUUGGUCGAGUGCCUAGUCCUCCCAGUGCGAUGAUAUCAUCAAGAAUGGGUCCCUCCCAGAAUCCCAUGAUGCAGCACCCUCAGACCGCACCCAUGUAUCAGUCCUCGGAAAUGAAGGGCUGGCCGUCAGGAACCCUGACCAGGAACAGCUCUUUUUCCCAUCAGCAGUUUGCCCACCAGGGGAAUCCUGCAGCAUAUAGUAUGGUGCACAUGAAUGGCAGUAGUGGUCCCAUGGGACAGAUGAACAUGAACUCCAUGCCCAUGACUGGCAUGCCGAUGGGUCCUGAUCAGGAUGUGAUUCUGGAGGUACGGAGUGUUACUGAUCACAGAACUGUCCGGUGUCAGAAAAUUUUUUCUGCUUGGCUAUCCAAAGUCUUUGUAAAAAAUGUAGGUGGGCCAGAGAACAUUGGAGAAAUCAAGAGAUUAGAACAUCCGGUUUCUUGA